GCUUUUUCAUCUACUUCCCUUUCUUUUUCUCUCUAUUUUCUCACAGUUCCUAUUUUCCACUGUUUCUCUCUCAGCUGAAGAAUUCGUGGGCAAGUCCUUGUUCUUGUGAUCCAGCUAUGACCAAGGACUUGUCUUAAAGAGCAUUUUUUUUACCAUUCUUAGGUAAGCGAUGGUUGCUGAGUCAUGGUUUCGAAGUCUAUGGAAGACUCCACGGAAGGAUGAUACUAAUUCUGAGAAGGUGGUGAUUGGAGUGUUAACAUUUGAAAUUGCGAGAUUGAUGUCCAAGCUUGUUAAUUUAUGGCAGUCUUUGAGUGAUAAGCAGGUUUCUAGGUUGAGAGAGGAGAUCAGAAAUUCCGUGGGUAUCAGAAAACUUGUUUCAGAGGAUGAGAUUAUCAUUGUACGUUUAAUCAGUUCAGAGAUGCUUGAGAAUAUGGCACAUGUGGCUGAAUCUGUGGCUAGGAUUGGGAAGAAAUGCAGUGAUCCAAGUUUGAAGGGUUUUGAAAAUGCAAUUGAUGAGUUUAUCACUCUCGGUAUUGAUCCAUAUGGGUGGGGAUUCACUUUCAAGAAAAUGGAAAAAAAGGUUAAAAGGAUGGAAAAGUUUAUAUCAGCAAAUGCAAGUUUGCAUCAAGAGAUGGAAGUUCUUGCUGAUCUGGAGCAAACUGUUAGAAGAAUGAAGGCUUAUUGCGAUUCAGAUGGGGAAAAUUUAAUUGAUUAUCAGAAGAAGGUUGCAUGGAAGAGGCUGGAGGUGAAGAACUUAAAGGAUAAUUCUCUAUGGAACAGAACAUAUGAUUAUGCUGUAAAUCUUUUAGCAAGAUCUUUAUUUACAAUAUUCAGUAGGAUCAACAAUGUAUUUGGAAUUCAAGAGAUAAUAGAUGUUGGUAAAACCAAGAGUCCAAAUGUUUCGAAUUCUGAUUACAUUCAUGGCAGUCAAUCGGUUUCUGAAUUAUUGCAAUCUUCAGUUCACCCAUCUGAGAAUAAUGUUGCCAGAUUUGCUUCAGGACCCCUUGGUGCUGUUACCGCUAAAUCAGGUCCCAAUGUCAGGACAAAUAAAGCUAGCAUUUUUCGUUCAGGUGGUGACUCAUCCACAAAGCAAGGCCUAACUUCAGGAAAGAAUAGAAGCCUCAAUUUUUUCUCAGGUCCCCUUGGAAGAAAUUUGAAAAAAUCAGUCCCAGAUAAUGGAACAAAUAAAAACAGCAAGUUUUGGAAGUUUCAUGGCCACUCAACCAACGUAAGUGGAAAGGAAAUUCACUCAAGACACAAUCGACUGACUCAAGUAGGACCUUUCAAAGGAAGUAUGGCUGUGGAUAGUUCCUCUGUCACUGACUGCCACUCAAUCCCAAUAAGCGGUCAUCUAAGAACUCAGAAUCACAAAGAUGAUAAUUCAAACAUUCUUACUACUGGAAAAGUAGUUCACUGUACUCAAUCAAUAUUCAGUUCUCUGUGCAAAUUAAAGCCUCCAUCUGAAUCCCUUGGUGCGGCUUCUUUAGCACUGCACUAUGCAAAUGUUAUCAUCGUGAUUGAGAGGCUAGCAGCUUCUCCAUACUUGAUUGGUCUUGAUGCAAGAGAUGAUCUGUACAACAUGUUACCCGGACGUGUAAGAACUGCUCUUAGGACCAAGCUAAAGCCAUAUUCCAAGGGCAUGGCUUCAGCAGUCUAUGAUGCAAGUCUAGCAGAAGAAUGGACUGAAGCAAUGACGAGUAUACUAGAGUGGUUAGCCCCACUUGCUCAUAACAUGCUAAGAUGGCAAUCUGAGAGAAGUUAUGAGCAGCAGAGCUUUGUUUCCCGGACAAAUGUGCUGCUAGUACAAACCCUUUACUUUGCAAAGCAAGAAGAAACAGAAGCAAUAAUCACUGAGCUUCUUGUUGGUCUGAAUUAUGUCUGGAGAUAUGUUAGGGAGCUUAAUACAAAAGCUCUGAUAGAGUGUGGCAGUAGUGGAGUACAUAAUAGAUAUCCUCAACUGAAUGGAUAAGCAAUUUUCAUGAAGCUCAUGGCUGUUUCCAAUAGAAGUCCUGUUCCUGACCAUUGAUUGGGAUGAAGUUUUUCAGAGGCACCAUCUUCUGGCUGCGUAAAUCUCAACAAAUGCGAAUCAAGCGGUAGAUGGAGUAUGAGAGAAAUACUCAACUGUCAGAGAAAUUUUAGUGUCAGAAUGUAUUCUUGGUGAGGAUUGCUAUUUUUUAUAUAAACUUUUAGCAUUGUUUUUCUUUGAUGAGUUCCUAGCUGAUUUAACUUGGAUCGCUGAUCUCAUCUUUGAAAAGUUGUCCUAUGGGUUCCUAUCUGCUAUUUAGAAUGUGUAUAUUUAUGAGCAUGAUAUAUUAAAUUGUAUAGCUUUAUCACACUGGUUAUUUCUAUGUGAUAUCUUUGAAUGG